AACUCAUGCAUAGUCUUUAGGUAGCUGGGGCAACUCGGUUGCUUACCUGGAACGACCUCCCGAUCACAUUUCUGAUAGAAUCGAAUACGAAAUAGGGGUUUCUCAACUUGUUUACGCGAUCAUCAAUUGUCGAAUUUCACAACCCAGAUCACCAAUUGAAACCCACAAUUCAUCGAUCCAUAUACAAUGCAGUGUAGCUAGCUAGAUUUAGAUCACCGGAGUUGGGUGGUGGUGGUGGUGGUGGUGGAGUGGUGGAAGAAAUGAACUUGAGCCACCCAUCGGUUCACCCAGUGGAAGCGCCACCGGCUCUGACGGAGGGCGAGAAUGUGCCCAGAGUGAGGAUGAAGGACAUCCAAGGCAUGCCUGGCACCAUCGGAGGCGUCACCUUGCGUCUCUCUCAGUUCGUAUUCGCAAUCGUUUCUUUCUCUGUCAUGGUCACCACCAGCGACUUCCCUUCUGUCACUGCCUUCUGCUACCUUGUUGCUGCUGUUGGCUUGCAGAGCCUGUGGAGCCUUUCGCUAGCUGUAGUUGAUAUAUAUGCCCUUCUAGUGGGUCGUUGCCUGCAGAAUUAUCGGGUUGUCAGUUUAUUUGCCAUUGGUGAUGGGAUCACAUCCACUCUUACAUUUGCAGCAGCCUGUGCAUCUGCGGGUAUCACUGUCCUUAUCGGCAAUGAUCUUGGUAUCUGUUCUCAGAAUCACUGCGCACAGUUUGAGACUGCAACAGCCAUGGCUUUCCUCUGCUGGUUCACUGCACUGCCAUCUUUUCUCUUGAACUUCUGGUCACUGGCAUCCCGAUGAAUAAAGAAAACAUAAUUAUGCAAGGAAUGGAAAGUCUUUUAGCGAUUCUCAUUCAAAUUUAUGUUUUUGGCGGUGUGAUCUUCUUCUCUUUUUUAAACUUGUUUUUCUGUGCAUUCGACUUCGAAACAUUAACACAAUUUGCUGUAUUUCUGUAACGUGUGCAUGUAUAUAUUUGGUGAAUCAGACAAGAAGAUGGUUCUUUCCAUAUUCAAGUUGUGAAUUCAGGAUGGUAGUGUUGCUGUCGUGUCUCAUGGAUUAGUCACAUUCAUAAAUUUUGAGAAACUAUCUUGUGGAAUUUGUAACAUAUAUGAUAUUCAAAAUUGUACUCUUCUAUUAA